CUGAAUGGAGACUGGGACUGUCAUUCUGUCUGUCAUCUCAGCAAAAAGCAACUCAUACAGGUUUCGAACAACAUGAGGGCGAGUCAAUAAUGACGACGUUUUAAUUUUUUUGUGCUACUUAAAUAAACGCGCGCGAGCGCCCGAGUGCUUCCUGGUGCUUUAUUUCAGGAUCACAGCCAGGGGAACCGAAACGGUCAGCAGUGCUUCCAGGAAGCGUCACCGGGGAGCACGCACACCGACAGACAGAGGAAUGCAGCAGUGUCUGCGACUCUCCGUCAGGCAGCCGCGGAACUAGAAGGUUCGCAGGCAGCGCGCGACAGUGUUUUUAUUUCCUCGCUGUCGGCGCGAGCUGCUGCUGACGCGAUGCUUUAGCCAUGGACAGCAGGAUAAACGAGAAUCCUGCGAGAACGUUUGAUUUGGCUCUUCAGGUCGCAUGUCCGUCAUCUGAACAUGAAGAUCCGACCGUGCUGUGGAAGUUCCCUCAGGACUUUGGAGACCAGGAGGUCCUGCAGACAGUGCCUAAGUUCUGCUUCCCAUUUGAUGUUGAAAGAGUGUCCGAGACUCAGGUGGGCCAGAACUUCACAUUUGUGCUCACAGACAUUGAGAGCAAGCAGAGGUUUGGGUUCUGUCGGCUCACGUCCGGCUGCAGGGUCUGCAUCUGUUUGCUCAGCUAUCUCCCAUGGUUUGAGAUUUAUUAUAAGCUGCUAAAUACCCUUGCAGACUACUUGUCAAAACACCAGGAAGACGACUUGAACGACAUGUUGGAAACGCUGCAUAACCACCCCUUGCCAAAGCCGUAUACGCCAGUAAAUCUGAGUGUGAGCAACUACUUGCAUUUUGCCAAUGGGCAAGUAGUGCAAGAUCCAGGAAGCAGACAGUCGCAUUCAUACUUCAUAGCUCCUGAUAUUAAUGGACUCCCCACCAUACCUGAAAAUAGAAAUUUAACGGAGUACUUUGUCGCAGUGGAUGUAAACAACAUGUUGCACCUCUAUGCCAGCAUGCUGCAUGAGCGACGCAUCAUCAUUACCUCAAGCAAGCUUAGCACUUUAACUGCAUGCGUGCAGGGGUCCACCGCAAUGCUCUACCCUAUGCACUGGCAGCACAUCUUCAUCCCUGUACUUACUCCUCACCUGCUGGAUUACUGCUGUGCGCCCAUGCCAUAUCUGGUCGGAGUUCAUCUCAGCCUUUUAGAGAGAGUAAAGAGCAGAUCCCUGGAGGAUGUGGUCAUUCUGAACGUGGACACAAACACCCUAGAAAGCCCCAUAGACGACCUCCACAACCUGCCCAGUGAUGUGGUCUCCAGUCUGAAGAGUAAGCUGAAGAAGCAGUCGACUGCUACAGGAAGUGGGGUGGCUCGGGCCUUUCUGCAUGCUCAGGCUGCACUGUUUGGCUCCUAUCGGGACGCCCUGAGAUAUAAACCUGGAGAGCCAAUCACAUUCUGUGAGAAGAGCUUCGUGGCACACCGCUCCAGCACCAUGAGAAGUUUCCUUGAGAUGGCCGUGAACCUGCAACUCUUCAAGCAGUUUAUUGAAGGCAGACUGGCCAAAUUAAAUGCAGGAAGGGGCUUUACAGACGUCUAUGAAGAGGAGAUCACAGCGGGAGGCUUCUGUAGAAGUAAUUCGAGGUCUUAUCAACAGUGGAUUCACACCAAGAUGCGGCAGAGAGCAAAGCCAGUUGUGAAAAACCUUCAGAUGGCCAAAAAUCAUGCGAAACGGAAAAUACGCGACAUGAAGGACAAGAUUACACAAAAGGACGCUGAAGAGGAGGAAAGCCCGUACUGUGCAGGUUCUCCCACCAGCACUAAAAGCCUCUCACCUAGGAGACUUCAGAGGAUAGCGCAUCAAAAUCCAAAGUCGUCUCCACACAUGAGCCUGUGUUUUCUGGACGGUUAUGACAACAGUGAUGACACAGCCAGCAGAAUAUCCUCUGAGGACAGCGGGGAGGUGGCGUCAUAUAAUGAGGACAGUGAUGACUCUGAUUUAGAGUUUCAGUCUGAAGUUAGUCAAACGGGCCAGAUGAAUCUGCUGGAGGAGAUUUUGGACUCUCUCAGUACUUCCCACAUUGAACAAGGGCGACUGUCCGCUGCCAAGAGCCUGGACUUUUUCAGAUCAAUGGAAGACCUGGACUACAAUUCCACGAAAAAUUGCAAGUCCCCACUGGGAAGUAGUCCUGCUCAGGCCGGUUGUGAAGUAGGAAAUGGAGAACAAGGCGGAUGGAAUAUGGGUCAAGACGACAGCGCUGUUCACGGUAAGCAUCUCCCACCUUCUCCUCGACGCCAACCCUCCCGUUCCCUUCCUGUCCGUCCUCCCCUUCCCAACGACGUCACCAAUGAAGAGGUCUCCAAAAACCCAAGGAACACUCUCCCUGAGACACCCACUAUUCAACUCUCGCUACUCUGGGACAUUGAUACUGCCACCAGUUCCCAGCUGAGCCCGGACAACCAGUCGCCAACGGGCCGCAGCCUCUGCCGACAGAAGGUCCAUUCCAGAAAAACCCAGAGGCCCUCUCAGGAGCAUGCCCAGGAGAAGGGAUCAGGAGGACAACCUUCAGUCCUCGUUCCAUGGGAGAGGGAAAACCAGCCCCAGGAGAUAGAUAUGGCAGCAAGAGGGAGUGAGACUCAAGAGGAAGGCUUGCUAGAAGAGAUCGAGUCCAUGUGUCGCAUCAGCAUGGACCUCAAAAGCAACCAGGAGCCCACACACAUUCAAACCAACACCAGCCUGGACAAAUCCUGAGAAAACGGCAGAACACUCACAUCUAACCUUUCUCUUUUCAUAUUCACGCUAUCCUCUGAACUCACACCAGCACUCAUUGCAUGAAGUGUUUGCAAAGGUCUUUUGUAGUGAAUGUGAAUAAUCGGUCCUCUUAUUUCUCACAUUCGGUUCGAAACAAACGGUAUCUUUCAGAACUGGUGGUUGGAAAGGACAAAAAAAUAAGGUUUAAAGGGAUUUAUGUCAGCAUUCAUCAUUCAGUUUUAUUUAAUUCAGCAGAUGAUUUGCACAUGCGUAGUUUCAAAUCACUGUUUCGCUAAAUCACUGUGGAUGAGGGAUGGACUUCUCCCUGUAUAUUUUACUAAACGGUACGAAAGUAUUUAAAUAGCCAGCCAAUCUCAGCUUAAUAUAAUGCCUUAAACAGAUUUAAUUAGCUUUUACACAGUAUUUCCUGACUGUGCCACUGUAGCUGGCUAUCUUGCUAACAACUCUCUUGCAUGCCGCACGUCUUGUAAAGAGAUAUUUAUCCAUGCCAGGUGGAUGACUGGUUCUCAAUUUGCUAUUUUUUGGGGGGAAAAAAUCUAUUUUUUCAUAACAAUUCUCAGGUUUAUGCUUUUAUCCAAGAGGAAAAAUCCCAAUUAUGUUUUUAAGAACUAAGAACUUUAAGAACUUAGAAUAUAGAUUGAUUUUUCUGAAUAUUGAAGUGUGAAAAUACUGGUGCUGCCAAUGCCCAGUGCAAAAGGGAAUACUUAGUUACAAAUAAAUGUUUUAAACCCCUUAUUCUGUACAAAGGCUCAAAGAACACAAACGCUUCUAUCUAGCAGGCACAGUUUCACACAAAGUUGUGAAAUUUCUAACGUAACACGUACAUGUUGCAUUCUCAGUGUUGCCACAAGGGGUGCAGUAUCAGCAUUAUCGUAACUAUUGUCUGAUUAGCUACUGUAUUUUAUGAGGCGCUAACUUAUUAACCUUCAGAAAGUCUGUUCUCUAAAAUAUGAAUGUGUGCCAUCUGCCAUUUUGCCAUUGUCAUGUGACUUAUUGCGUCACUUCACUGCCAUUCGCGACUCUUUUUUCCAUGGCCUCAAGGGAUAGUAAAUGAUCCAUUGAAUGUGCACUUCAAAAUAUUGUCGGAAGUAGUGAGAAGCUGUGUACUUUUUGCCUACAGUUUUAUAAAUAACAUGGAUUCAGUUGUA